AUGAGUGUGUUUCUUCUGCCUAUUGAGAUGGAUAGAGAGAUUGAGAGAAUCAUGAACACCUACUGGUGGGGUUGUGAAAGGGAGAGGAGUAGGGAUUCCUUAAGGGAAGCUAAGGUGGAGAACCUCCUCAACAUGGAUAAAUAUGAUUGGGAUGGUGAGAUUCUAGAUGAUCUGUUUGUGCAAGAGGAUGUGUCUUUGAUCAAGAGCAUUCCUAUUCCUACUUCACACCAUGAGGACAGACUAAUAUGGGUGAAUGAAGAAAAUGGUGUUUAUACUGUUAAAAGUUGCUAUAGGAAGUUGCAGAUCCCCUUACAGAAUCAACAACCUCCAUUCUGGACUUAUGUAUGGAAGAUGAAGCUGCCUCCUAAGAUCAAAUCUUUUGUUUGGCACUUGUGUUCGAAUUCUCUUCCCACUACUGAUCUACAGUGUUGGGGCCUGUUGGAAAGAGUUAACUAUUGGGGCUGCCAAAGCUUUAUGGAUUGGUUGGAGACUCAAUUCACAUCACAACCUAAGGAUCACUUGUGUCUUCUCAUAUCUGUCUGUUGGAAGUUUUGGGAGGCGAAGAAUGAGAAGAAGAAGCUUAAUGUGGAUGCAGCCUUGGACUCCACUCAUAGGAAGAUGGGAUUUGGCCUACUCCUAAGAGAUGCAAAUGGGUGCUUUGUUGCUGCAAGACAAAUCCCUUGGCAUGGUUUAUUUAGAUCCGAUGAAGCUGAAGUAAUGGGUGUAAAGGAGGCACUAAAGUGGCUGAAGGAGCUCAAUGUGGAUUGUGUGGAAGUAGAGAUGGAUGGACCGAAGGUGAUUACUAGAUUACAAAUCUGUAAAGUGUUUACAUCUUUUGACCUUAUCCUUGAUGAUAUUAGGAAACUAGCUAAUGACUUUGUCAAUCUUAGCUUUUUAUUUGCUAAACGGUCUGCGAACAGGAUCGCCCACUUCCUUGCUUGGGAGAUUGUAAUACCCCAUUUUUCUUAA